AUGGAUGCUCGUAAUACAGCUUUAUGGGAAGUUCGACUUAAUAUGAUAGAUGCAUCACGUAAACAAUAUCGAGAUAUAGCCGGUAAUUUAGUCAAUGAAAAUGAAACAUUACGUGAUCAACUACGUCAAACAGAAAAGGAUACUAUUGAUGUAGUAUCAUUUCUGAAAAAACAAGAUCUCGACAAGGAUUCUGAGAUCGAACGUUUACAACAAGAAAUAACAACUCUUGAAAUAGAACAAACUAAAGACAAACAAGAUUUAUUAGAUGAUUUUGAACGACAAAAACGUCAAUUAAAUGAAAGAUUAGGUCGAAAAGAAAAUGAAUUAGAUAUUGUUCGACAUGAACUUAAUCAAGUUAAAGAAUUUCGAAAGAAAAAAGGUCAGAUGCAAAAAGAACUUGAAGAAAUUAAAGAUGCUAUGCUAUGGAAUGUGCGUGAACAAAAAGAUACAUUAGAAAAAUUAGAAGAAAAAUUUUCCGAAGAAAAAAUGCGUUUACAACAAGAAUCUAAUAAAAGAAUUGAAGAAAUAGCAGAACAUGCACAAAAUGAAGCAUUAAAAACUUUAGAUGAAAAAGCUCGUAAUAUUUAUAAAGAAAAUGUUGAUCUUAUUGAAUCCUUACGUAUUUAUAAACAAGAAUUAAAUAAUUUACAAACAUUAAAAGAACAAUUAAAAAAACAAGCAACAUUAAUAUUAAGUGAUAAAGAAAUGAAUGAUUUAUUAAUGAAAGAAAAAAUAGAAGAAGUACAAAAAAAAAAUAAAUUAAUUAAAGAAUUAAAAGAAAAAGUUCAAUGUUUAGAAUUAUCAUUAACAAAAUUUAUUGAAGAAUUUGAUAAUGAAAGAAAAAAACUUCUUGAACAAUCUCAAAUUGAACAAGAAUCAUCACAUAAUGAAAUAAUAAAAUUACAACGUGCUUUAGAAUUAAAAGGAAAAGAAAUGAAUAAAGUUAAAAAAUUAGGUAAAACAAUACUUGAACAACGUUCAGAAUUAGAAACAUUAUUUUUGGAUUCUUUACAAAAUGUUAAACGACAUAUUAUUUAUAAUCGUUUACAAUAUCAUAAAGAUGCAUUUAAUUCUUAUCAAAAUCGAAUGUUAAAUAAUCAUCAUGGACAAGGAGAUCAUACAAGAAUGAGAACAUUUAAUGAAACAUUUAAUGAAAUUAAUACAAAUAAUGUUUUUCAUGAUUUAGAAGAAACAACUAAAUGGAGUAAUCUCGUUUCGGAAGUUAAUGUUGCUGAUUUUACUUGGGAACAAAAAGAACAAGUACUUAGAGAAUUAUUCAUUCAAAUGAAUACAAGAAGAUCAAGUAUGACAGAUUCAACUACUAAUGCAGCACAUCUAGCUAAUGAUGGCCAUCCAGUUGACAGUAAUAGUGAUAAUGUCACCACUGUAUUUCUAACUCAAACAGCUAAUGCAGCACAAAAUGAAAAUUUAUCUGAUUCAAGAAGUAAUACAAGCAUAUCUGGCAUACCAAAAUUACCUCAAAUUUCAUCAACAUCUACCACAUAA